AUGUUACUGCCUCAUAUCAAAGGUUCUAUUCCCUGUGGUAAAUGUACUGUGGGGGACCCAGACCUUAUUAAGCACAAGAAAUAUCAUUCAGAAUAUUUGGUUAUUGGUGGCAUAACUUCUCAGAUUUACAUGGUUUCAAAUGAAGUAACAUUCACAAGGAAUCCAUCUAAGGAACUAAUUGAUGAUUUCAUCUAUUUCCUGGCAAGUUGGAUCUAUCUCGCUUCCAUGGAACUUCUUUCCUCAAAAGGAAGAUUCAUCCCAAACUACAAGUGUGAUCACAGGGAUGGUGUGGUAGCUGUUCUUGCAGGACCUAAUGCUUAUAUUUGUCAGCUCAUGUCAAAUAUUCUGAGCAUUUACAAGAUCCCACAGGUGGCAUAUGGCUCUGCUCCAGUGAUAGAUGACAGCACACAGGCUGUUUUCUUGCACCAGGCAUUUCCAAAUGAAGAUCUUCAAAUUGAGGGGAUGAUCCAAUUGUUGCUACAUUUCCAGUGGAUAUGGAUUGGGCUGAUUGUCCAAAGUGCUGAGAAAAGAGACAGGUUUCUGCAGAAUAGGCUUGCCAUAUUUUCUCAGAAAGGUAUUUGCUUUGACUUCGUGGAAGAAUUGCCAAAGGAACCUGUUUCCAAUGAAAUAGAUAAUCUCCUUAGACAUUAUAUAAGAAUGUACAAUGUCAUUAUGACAAGUAGUGCCAACGUUGUGAUCAUCUAUUGUGAAAAUGAGAAAACAGUUGUAUUCAGAAUGUUACCCUAUAUUUCAGAAUUUGAGGACACAGCAGUGAAGAGAAAAGACAAAAUCUGGAUAUUACCAGCCCAGAUGGAAUUCUCAUCACUGCCCUUUCAAAGAUAUCGAAGUAUGGAUUUCAUCCAUGGUUCCCUGUCUUUUCAAGUAGCCUCAAAGGAGGUCUUGGGCUUCAAGAGAUUUCUUCAGAUGAGAAAACUUGCUUCUGCAGAGGAAGACAGUUUGAUGAGAGUGUUUUGGGAAGGUGCAUUUGAAUGUUCUUUCUCCAAUGCCAUGAUAGAGGAGGAUGCUGAGAAGAAAUGCACUGGUGAGGAACCACUGGAGACCCUUCCUAAGUCGGUUUUUGACACUGUUAUGACUGGUCAGAGUUACAGUGUCUACAAUGCCAUCCAUGCUGUGGCAUAUGCUUUGCAGGCCAUGAUUUCAUCAAAAUGCAAACUCAAGGCAAGAGGAAAUGGCUCAAAACAUAAGACAUUAAAUCACUAUGUGUGGCAGCUUCAUAAAUACCUGAGAACUGUUUCAUUUAACAACAGUGCUGGGGAAAAGAUUUUCUUUGAUGAAAAUGGGGAAAUAGCAACUGGCUUUGAUGUGAUCAACUGGGUCACUUUCCCCAACCAAUCCUUCCAUCGAGUCAAAGUGGGAAAAUUAGAUCCAUUUGCUCCCCCAAACCAGCUGCUCUCCAUUUCUGCAGAAAACAUUAUCUGGCCCACCAUGUUCAACCAGGCACAGCCCUUUUCUGUCUGCAAUGAUAAUUGCUUGUCAGGUUAUAGCAAGAUAAAAAGAGAAGGAAUGCCAUUUUGCUGCUAUGAUUGCCUUCAAUGUCCAGAAGGGAAGAUGUCAAACAAAACAAAUGCAGAUGACUGCUUCCCAUGUUCAGAAGAUCAGUACCCAAACAUUGGAAACAGUCUUUGCAUUCCAAAACACAUCACUUUUUUGUCUUCUGAAGAAUCUCUGGGAAUCACUUUGACAAGUGUUGUUUUCUUCUUUUCUUUCAUCUCAGCCGUGGUGUUGGGGAUCUUCAUUAAAGAGCGGGACACUCCCAUUGUCAAAGCCAACAACUGGGAACUCACCUACAUUCUUCUCAUGGCUCUCCUUCUCUCCUUCCUUUGCAGUUUGCUCUUCAUUGGGCAACCUGACCAAGUGAAAUGUCUCAUGCGACAAACUGCUUUUGGCAUCAUCUUCUCUGUAGCCCUUUCUUGUAUAUUGGGGAAAACAACCAUUGUUGUUCUUGCUUUCAUGGCUACCAAGCCAGAUGACAGAAUGAGGAAAUGGGUGGGGAAAAGGCUGUCUGUCUCCAUUGUGCUAUCUUGCUCCUUGGCACAACUCACCAUUUGUGUAGUGUGGUUGGCAAUUUCUCCCCCAUUCCCAGACUCAGAUAUACAUUCAGUGGUUGAAGAAGUUGUCCUGCAGUGUAAUGAAGGUUCAACCACAAUGUUUUAUAUUGUCCUUAGUUUUUUGGGGUUCCUCGCUGCUAUCAGUUUCACGGUGGCUUUUUCAGCCCGGAAGUUACCAGACAGCUUUAAUGAAGCCAAAUUUAUCACCUUCAGCAUGUUGGUCUUUUGUAGUGUCUGGAUAUCAUUUGUUCCCACCUAUCUGAGCACCAAGGGCAAAUACACAGUAGCUGUGGAGAUCUUCUCCAUUUUGGCUUCUGCAGCUGGCUUAUUGUGUUGCAUCUUUUUCCCCAAAUGCUACAUUAUUGUCCUGAGGCCUGAUCUGAACAAAAAGGAACAGCUGAUAAAGAAACACAAUUAA